AGCCACAUCGAAACGACGAAUUUCUCUCGCGGGACGUUUCACGUGCGCGUGUGUUUGUAUAUAUAUAUUAUGUGCACGCGAUAUACGCGUUUCGUCGAGACGCUCGUUUAUACGCAAUAGCUGUCCGUUCGUUCGUCGAUGCGGGAAAACUCGUCCGGCGUGUGGAAAGCGACGGUUUUUCAGUCAGCCAGGUUACGCGCCGGUACCGGAAUUAUUGUACGGUCGUUGAGGAUAUCGCGGAUCGGCGUGAAGUGAGCGGCGCGUCACGCGCGCGCGCGGGAGACGAGCCUUGUUAUGUCGGCGCUACUGACGCCGGCCAACGACGCACGUGGGUGAGCGCGAGCGAGUGGCGACCGAGCGGUGACCUUUCGCGAGUGUGACGUAAUAGCGGAGCGAGCGGCGCGACGCGAGUUACGCACUCGCGCUGUGCCCGACUUGUCGAGACGCCCAAUGACGUAUCCCUCGACGCUAUUGUUUUUGGAAUUUAUAUAAUCGACAGAUUAUCGUCUUUCACGUGUUCGCGAUUCGAAACGUAUCACAUAAGCGCACGACAUACGUCGAGAAUGUCAAGAUUCCGGUUACGACGAUCUUGUCACGUCGAUGAUAAGAGAUCUACGUGACCAGUUUUUGUUUUUACUUUCACGGUGUGUAUGAUUAUUUUUUUACGAUUACUGUGUCUACGAUUUGCCUUUUAUCGUUUUAUCUCUACCAAAAUACGCGUAUGUUUACUUGGCGGACAAUAACAUACGGACACGGUAGUUCGUCGCGAGUGACGUAGUGAUGAAAUUGGUAAUCGAGAAGAGAUCCAGGGAAACUAAAACUGAACAUAUAAAAAAUAAACAAUAAACAAUGCAUACCACGGCGCCGCCGAGGGCUGUCAAGCAACUCCGAAGGAACGUCGGUCAUCAUGCUCCCCUGAAUUAUAGGAAUCGUUUGAUGUCGGAGUUUCCAGUGGACGGAAGCGAGAACGGGGACAUGCAUACUGUCAUGGAGAACUUCCAAAAGAAGAACAAUCUGGUGACCGGCAGGACGCAUCACGUCACCCAUCAUCCGCAGGUCACCACCACGUCGUCGCAGAUGCUGACGACAAACCAGAGCCAGCGCCAGAGUAGCAGCACAAGUACCACUAGUAGUAGCAGCAGCAGGGUGGCCAAGUCCUCGCAGAGGAUCCUCACCUCGUCCUCGUCGAGUGAGAUGAAGGCGAGCUCCAUGAAGAGCGAUCUGACGGAACUCAAGCGCGGCAUCUCGGAGAUGAAGAACAUCUCGACCAAUUUUUCGCAACGGCUGCGCAGCAGUAUGGAGAACCUCGUGGACAGAGAUGGCAAUGGAUCAGAAGAGACCAAUCUCUCAGAACCGUUAGUGACUUUUCCGGAUCCGGACACGCCGCCACCUGUCAGUGACGCUGUCACAUUGGCGGGCGGUUCUCCGUCCCAGCUGAGUUCCCUAAAUUCUCUGAACAAUCUUCAUCACGGCAUGAGUCCACCGAUCAAUAUACCUAAUAUGGCAAAUCUACCUGCCGGCCAGGAAACUAUGAAAUUCGAACAGAAAAAGAUGACCAGCGCCUCUAAAACAAAAGUCGUCACGGAUGGAUUUAGCGCCGAAAAGGCAACGGCAAACAGCGCCGAGAUGAGAGCCCUGCAAGCCGGCGAUGUCUCGUACAAGGAGCAAAGCGCCGCGACGGCGGCGAGGGCGCGCGUCGAGCUCGACGGCGUCUCGGCAGAGAAAAGCGUCGCUGCCGCGAGGGAACAGAGAAGCUUGAAAGCUGGCGAUCUAUCGCAUCAGGAGAGCAACAACAUGGCAGCGUCUACGAUGAAGCUCCAGAGUGAUUCGUUCACUUCCGAAAAGAAAGCGAUGGCGGCGCAGCAGCAACGGCAGACAGUCACAUCGACCGGCAUCUUCAAUCACGAGAAGCACAUGGCAUCAAGCUCACAGUCAAGCAUCACGAUCGCGUCCAAGUCAGGUGUGAGCUCAUCUAAGUCGAUGAUCAACGCGGCAAGUGCUGUUAAUCAGCUGAUGAACGGUAUGCGACCACCAACGGCCGAAGACGAGCUACUAUCCCUGCCAUUGGAUGAUCUCGACCUAUUGUGUUCUAAGUCGAAUCCGCAGGAUGUAGACUGCGCGAUCGCCAAAUACUGUAGCUUACUUGACAGCUUCGUGGAACGACUAAAGGCGAGCGCUGACGGCAGCAAGAGCAGCAGCAGCAGCAAGGCACCGCAAUUGCUGAAUAGGGUGAACGAGAUCAUUCGGAAAGCUUGGGCAGUACCGACACAUGGUCACGAAUUGGGUUACACUCUAUGCAACACCCUAAGGACACGCGGUGGUCUCGACCUCUUAAUGGCUAACUGUGUAGCGAAUGAUCACGAACUGCAGUUCUCGUCGGCGAGGCUACUGGAGCAAUGUCUGACCACGGAGAAUCGCGCCCACGUGGUGGAGAAUGGCCUGGAGAAGGUAGUAAACGUGGCGUGCGUGUGCACGAAGAAUGCCAAUUCCGUAGAUCACGCACGCGUUGGCACUGGGAUCCUCGAGCACCUGUUCAAGCACAGCGAAGGCACGUGUAGCGAUGUGAUCCGGCUAGGCGGUCUAGACGCGGUGCUGUUUGAGUGCCGAAAGAACGACGUGGAAACGCUGCGACAUUGUGCGGGAGCGCUCGCGAAUCUGUCACUGUACGGCGGCGCCGAGAAUCAGGAGGCAAUGAUCAAACGUAAAGUGCCGAUGUGGCUGUUUCCACUCGCUUUCCACAACGACGACAACAUCAAGUACUAUGCCUGUCUUGCGAUUGCUGUAUUAGUCGCUAAUAAAGAGAUCGAGGCGGCCGUGCUCAAGUCCGGUACCCUUGACCUUGUCGAGCCGUUUGUCACAUCACACAACCCCUACGAGUUCGCCAAAUCUAACUUGGCGCACGCCCACGGCCAGAGUAAAAACUGGCUGGAGAGGCUCGUGCCGGUUUUGAGCUCGAAACGGGAAGAAGCUCGCAAUCUGGCGGCUUUCCACUUCUGCAUGGAGGCGGGGAUCAAGAAACAGCAGGGAAAUACCGAGAUAUUCCGGACGAUCGGCGCGAUCGAGCCACUGAAAAAAGUCGCCAGCUGUCCUAACGCGAUCGCGUCCAAGUACGCGGCUCAGGCGUUAAGAUUGAUUGGCGAGGAAAUUCCACAUAAACUCAGCCAGCAAGUACCUUUGUGGUCCACCGAGGACGUCCGCGAAUGGGUGAAACAGAUCGGUUUUGCUGAGGUCGCCCCAAACUUUGUGGAGAGUCGGGUGGACGGCGAUCUGUUACUGCAGUUGACGGAAGAGAAUCUACGAGAGGACAUAGGCCUAACGAACGGUAUCAUGCGCCGAAGAUUCGCUCGAGAACUGCAAAAUCUGAAGAAGAUGGCUGACUACAGCAGCCGCGACACCGGUAAUCUAAAUAGCUUUCUGCAAUCAAUCGGCCAAGAAUUCUCCAUCUAUACGUACAGCAUGUUGAACGCCGGCGUAGACAAGGAUUCAAUACGCAAUCUCUCGGAGGAUCAGUUGCUGAACGAAUGCGGCAUCGCCAAUAGCAUUCACCGAAUCAGGAUCCUCGAUGCUAUCAAGAACAUGCAGCACAAUCAAUUCAGCUCGUGCGAGUACGAAUCACCGGACAAGUCGCUCGACGUGUUUGUUAGUUAUCGUAGAUCGAAUGGCUCGCAGCUGGCGAGUCUAUUGAAGGUGCACUUGCAGUUGCGCGGCUUCUCGGUAUUCAUCGACGUCGAGAGGCUCGAGGCGGGCAAGUUCGACAACAAUCUGUUGCAGAGCAUCAGGCAGGCUAAACACUUCCUUCUCGUGCUCACACCAUCGGCUUUGGAGAGGUGUAUACAAGACACAGAGUGCAAGGACUGGGUUCACAGGGAGAUUGUUGCUGCAUUGCAGUCGCAAUGUAACAUAAUCCCUAUCAUUGAUAACUUUCAAUGGCCGGAACCUGAGGAACUUCCCGAGGACAUGCGAGCAGUCUGCCACUUUAACGGUGUCCGCUGGAUUCACGACUAUCAAGACGCCUGCGUAGACAAAUUAGAAAGGUUUAUGCGAGGCGAAAUACCUAUGAGAUCUGAGUCCGCCGGAAUUCCGCGCAGCAUGGCACCCAAGGACGUGACCCAGCCGAGCACACCGGGUAGCACGAAUAUACGACAGCCGCCUAAUUAUCAGCGGAUGCAUAGUAACGAGAGCAGGGGCAGCGACAAAGAUUCCACGGGCGGGCGAGACUGACUAGAUGGCCCGCCCACAGCUAUACCGAGCAGCCAAGAUUGCGAAUCGCUCUAUGGCAAUCACGACUAGGCUUAAAAAAUCGUCAAGUCCGUCCCGUUGGUUGAUGGGCCUGCCACCCACGUCACCACGCUUCAAGUUGCAUGCGCAUUCGGGGAAUGUCAGUGGCAGUU